AUGGCCACACAACAGGCACUGGGGUAUGAAGGUGAGGUCGUUCCACCAAUCAGUUUCGGCGAUACGAGUGUUGCUGCUUAUGCCACACAUCCGAAGGCAGGCAAGUUGGUCCGAUUGAAGGCAAUAGCGAAGAAUAUCACUAAUCAUCUCUCCAACCUUGAUGCCAGGCAGCUGCAACUCUUCAUCGAGUCAACACCAAACAUUGAUGAAGUGAUUACCUGCCUCGGUAAAGACAUGAUUGAAGUCAUCAUCUCCAAGGUACCAAAUAUCAAUGACCUGCUGCCGAACUUGAAGCCCACGACGAUUGGCAAAAUUGCCUCUAACUUGUGCGCCGAAAUACUUAGAACCGUGGAGGUGAAACCACAUGGCAUGUGCGAUGGAUAUGGCUAUGGUUGGCAAGAGAUGGGCGACAGAGAGGACAAUGCAGCUCCAACCAACGUGAGUGGCAUGCAAAGCUACAACCAUCCUGCACAUCCGAUUGUGAGCAGUGGGCAUGGCCAUCACUCUGACCCGAUGAUGACACGCCUGUCACACUAUUAUCACCCUGUGGAUUCACAGUCUCAAGUGUCAAGCACUCCCACUUCCGUGUCCACCCUCGAUCCACGUGCUCUCCAAUCAAUCCUCAUAAACAUGACCAACCUCAAUCAACUUCUAAUGUCAGUGGAUCCAAUGCUUCUUCAAUCUGCUCUGAAAGGCGUGUCUGGGGAAGGUCAUGUAUUUUCUGCCAUAAACCCACAUGCAUUGCAUUCGUUGCUGGCGCGCCUUCCACACCUCAGCCAUAUGCUCGCACACGCGGAACCAACCCUUCUCCACUCCCUAUUAGCUGAGGCACCCAACAUCCAUGCUGUUUUGCGUGCUGUCAAUCCACACAUUACUCAAUCCAUGUUGCCAGAUAUGCCCAAGCAGUUACCCGUAGUGGUGGAGCAUGAUGCUACGAAGGCAGGACUUGCUACUGAGGUGCCUAAUCCACCAAGUCCAAUGGAUCCCACGGUUGCGCAUGCAAUUUUCUCAACCCUGCCAAAUAUUCCCCCUCAGUACGCCAAUGCUUUGUUCAAUAUGGAGCCUCGCUUUGUUCAAUACAUAAUGCAGAACCAUCACAACCUCCACAGUCUUGUAGACAAUAUGGACGCCCAGACGCUACAGUACGUGGCUGCGCAUGUUCCUCAAUUUGGCACAAUUCUCUCCAAGCUGCAUCCUAGCACAUUGGAAGUUGUUCUCGGCAAACUGCCCAACACCGACAAACACUUGGCAGACACAAACACCGAGGUAGUGCGAGCUACUGUGUCGGAAUUGGCUUCGCUCGCUAAAUACGCGCAUCUACUGCCCACUGUCACUACUCCGUCAAAGGUGCCAUCACACUGGCCUGAGAUGGGAGAGCAGUGUGAAGAGGAGGAGGAGGUGCCAAUGGCAACGGUAAUGGCAACUGCAACUGAGGUGCCUAUACUCACAGACGAGGAGCUUGGAAUGGUGAGGUCGGAAUUACAGCUGGUUGAUGAGUUACUGCAGUUGGUGGUUCCGAGGAAACUGACUGCUCUGCGUGUAUUAAUGCCCAAGUUGCCACAAAUCUUAAAUGAGUUGGGUGUGACGGGACUAGAAAACACCAACCCACCCUCAUCACAAUUUAAAGGCCAACUGCAGGCAUCAAAAGAUGUACAAAUUGGUCAAGGUGUGGGUUAUGUGCUUCAGCCGAAGCCGACCUGCACUGGAUCACGUCUGUCCAAAUUGACGGACAAUCUGCACACUCUGAAAGAUGUGUCGAUUGAUCAACCCAUGGAUAUGCUGCUUUCCACGCAGCCGGAUUGCACUGCAUCACCCCUAUCCACAUGGAAAGGCAACCUGGCUAGAGUGCAGGACGUACUCAUUGAGGGACUUCUUGAGAAGCUGGAACUUGGUGGCGCUAUGCCUUCCAUUUUCGGUUAG